GUUGGACAUCAUUGAUUAGCAGUUCCUGUACGUAACUGAAGCCUGUCGAAGGAUUUGUGCCGGUGGGGUAGAAUCCUGGAAUCCCGAUGAACGAGUCAAAUACUAGAUUCUUGGGUACAUCAUCAACGACUCUACUGAAAAAUAGUGAUCUUCGUUUGAGCGAUGUACAAAUAAUGAAUGAUAAAGGUACUAAACCCUUCUAGCUCCAGAACUGAAUAGUCAAGAUCGUCAUUAUUGCAUUUAGAUUUAGGAGAUAUUGAACUUAGGUUGCUCUUUCCUGCAAAUAACCUAAUUUUUUGAUGACGAAGAUCUGGAGUGUUCGAAGAUUGUUGCAGGCAAAAGAUAUAUCCUUGCACUGCAUCAUCGAUAAGCAACGGCCCAGAAGUCUAUUCGAUGUAACGACCUCUACAGGGCCGGAACGGGUUCGAUUGACAUCUGGAUCAUCCCUUAAUAUGAAGGUUUUGACUGUUCCGAUUAAGUGGUAUUUUAUACAUAAGCCGGCAUGCCCACCUAAGUCGUUACACCAAAGAUGAAAAGAAGUCUAAUAUAUGUAUUAAAAAAACAUCAAUAGCACGAGCAUAUUGUAAACAAGGAUACCGAACUAGCCAAUUAUAACUAUCGCUUUAGGAGCGGAAGACAACAAAAUUAGUCUAAAAAAAUUUACAUGUCCAAUGAUAUUAAAUCAUGGAUGAAUUAUAUUAAGCUCAUGAUGCUCAACAAUUUAUAUAAAAAUGAAGAUCAAUAACCGUUUAAGUAAAAACGUUAUUUUUAAAUCAAUUUGAAACAAGUGACAAGCAGGAUGCCGCUUUUGACAAUUGGGCAAAUAUUGACAGCCCGAAAAAGAGCGCCCAAACGGAAGGGGGUCGUAAAGUGCCGGUCUUUUGUUGAGAGCGUUUGUAAACAGUUCCCGUUCAAUCGCUUUCUGUAUCGUUUGGGAAAAUAAAAAAGUUACAAAAUGAGUCGUGCACUAAACCUUAGCAAUUUCCCUCCCAGCGCUGAAGUGAUUGGGUUCUCAGCCCGCGAUCAUUAUCCGGAUAUAGUGUUUACACGUGAAAUGUUGCACCCUCCCGGACACAGCCGGCGGUCGGAGAGUACGCGCGAUGUGAUGGUGCCCGUGACCGAGUCGCUUCCGAAGCGCAUACUGGCCAUCUUUAUGGAGCUCGGUUUGCUCGAAGCGCUCGGCGAAGCGACCCAGUCCGAGUCACGGAUUGUUGCCCGUGCCGCCACCUACCUGCAAAUGAUUGGCCGACGGUUCAAGCAGUAUUGGCAGUCGUACCCGUGCGAACUGUCCAUGGAUCUGGUGGCAAAGCACUCGCAAACACGCAACUGGCAGAAGAGCACGAUACGCUGUCUGAGUUGGCAUCCGCUGUGCUUCAAGCUGGCCGUUGCGACCAUCGACGAUACGGUGCGUAUCUACUCGCGCAACCCCGGCGUAACGCCGAUCCUGCGAAGCAGUCUCCAGAAAGCCGUUACCUGUCUCGCUUGGCGACCGUACACCGGAGGCGAGCUUGCUAUCGGAUGCCAAAGCGGCGUCCUCAUCUGGAGCGUCGAUCCGACGAGCCAGAUUACGCGGCCCCUCUCGCAGGCAGUUCAUUUGCAGCACGGACGGCACCAACCUGUCACCGCCGUUAGCUGGAGCAGUAACGGAGAGCUGCUGGUGACGGCCAGCAUCAACGACACGCAUCUGCUCGUGUGGAACGUGGAUCAGCAGCGAUGCGUUCCGAUGCAUCGCGUGAAAUUGCCCUGUGCCCUGGUCAGCUAUGCGCCGCUCGGUUACAACAUGAUCGCCAGUACGAUUGGAAAAGAUUUCUACCUCUGCACGGUACCGCCCGAGCGUGUCACGCGGGUCGGCUGGAGUACGGCAAACGGUUCGCUGCAAUCUUUCGCCUGGUCCCGGGACGAGAAGCAUCUCCUCUUUGUCACCACAGACGAUAUGAAGCUGUUCUACAUGCGUCUGUCCGGUUUGAAAAGCGCAUCGUACGAGCUGGCCUUCCCACUGGUGGAUCUCGACCAGAAACUUACCGACGGUGGUUUAGCGAUCGGUGGCAAAGCGCAAUCACUCGCCUGGUGCCCGCGGGACCGCUUUCUUGCCGUAUCGUUCAAAAACACCGCGGCCAUUGCCAUCUUCUUUACGAAUCUGGCCGGACUGCAGAUUAACAUCGAUCCGUACUGCCUCAUUUUUGGCGUGGGCGUAGAGUAUCCAUCGUGCAUGUGCUAUCAGGAAAACUAUCAGCAGGAGUACGACUCGGACGCACAGUCUGUGCUCACGAUCGGCUGGUCAUCCGGUCGCGUUGAGUACUAUCCGUUGUAGGGGUUACAUUGAUGCCAAGAUGGAGCAGGACUACUACCAUUACACUCACGUAUGUUAAAUAAAUCUUUUUUUAAUAUGUUGA